UUUUUGCUUUUAACAAAAUUGAGAAAAUGUUUCUUAAUUGCUUCUUGUUAAUUGUUUACAAUUAAUUUUUCUUUUUUUCUCUUUCUAAUUUUUGUUUGAUUUUCGUUUUGAUUUGCAAUUUUGUUUAUCUAUGUGAAUUCAGUUGAUCAUGAAUUCGGAUAACAGUAUAGGGAAGAUAAAAUCUUUCAAUCUUGUGAGUAAAAAGCCUUUAUCUAAAAAAGAAUUGGAAAAACAUAAAAAGGAACAAGAGGAAAAAGAUGCUGCUAAGGUUUACCAAGAAUUCGUUGAAACCUUUGAAAAACCACCGACGGUUGGACGUUUAUUUGUUCUUGGAUCUGUCAUGAAUUCUGGACAUGAAGAGGAAAAGGAUUCUCUUAAAGUUUACAAACCAAAUAAGCUACAAGAAUUGGAAGAAAAAAAGAAAAGAAAUGACAAUUAUCACUCCAGCGAGUCAACAUCUAUUACUCCACCCAAAAUGGAAAAAUUGGGGAAAAAGAAAGAGAAAAAGAAAAGUAAUUUAGAGCUUUUCAAAGAAGAAUUACGACAAAUUCAAGAAGAGAGAGAAGAGAGACAUCGAUUAAAAACAUUAAUGGUCAAGGAAGAAAUAAAAGAAAUCGAAUUGGCCCCCAAAUCAGAGGAAGUUCGCACUUCCAGUUCCACUGUAUCAAAUUAUGGGUCAUUCGAUACUGGUGAUCCAAAUACAACAAAUAUCUACCUCGGAAAUAUCAAUCCGAAAAUGUCAGAGAAAGAGUUGAUGCAAAUAUUUGGUGUCUAUGGACCAUUGGCAAGUGUGAAGAUUAUGUGGCCUCGAUCGGACGAGGAACGAGCUCGAAAUCGUAAUUGUGGCUUCGUUGCCUUUAUGAGUAGAAAAGAUGGUGAAAGAGCCUUAAAAGCUUUAAAUGGUAAAGAAAUUCAAGGAUAUGAGAUGAAACUUGGCUGGGGAAAAGCUGUGCCAAUUCCUCCGCACCCAAUCUAUAUUCCUCCUAAAUUGUUGGAAUUAACAAUGCCUCCUCCACCGUCAGGGCUUCCAUUUAAUGCUCAACCUGAUCCUAGUGAUCUGGAUAAACUUCCUCCUCCCGGUGUCGCAUAUCCAAUGGUUACACCCAAGGACAGGAAAAAUUUUGAGAAAGUUUUAGCCAAUGCAACCGUUAAAGUGGUUAUUCCAACAGAUCGAACUGUUCUCUGUCUAAUUCAUCGAAUGAUUGAGUUCGUGGUUAAAGAAGGUCCCAUGUUCGAAGCCAUGAUCAUGAACCAAGAGAUUAACAAUCCAAUAUUUAGAUUUUUAUUUGACAAUCAAAGUCCAGCUCAUAUAUACUAUCGUUGGAGACUUUAUUCAAUUCUACAGGGUGAACAUCCAAGUAAAUGGAGAACAGAAGAGUUCAGAUUAUUUAAAGGAGGAUCAAAAUGGAAACCACCACCAUUGAACCCAUUCCUCGAGGGAAUGCCUGAACAUCUUGUAGAAAAAUCUCCAGAAAAAGAACACGAACCGGAACCCAAGAAACCAUGGAAAAAACCGAGAUCCCGAUCAAUAGAAAAUGAUGUACACGAGCAAAGAGGAUUUAAAGAAUUUAAAGAUAAAAAUCAAAAGAAAGGAAUUUUGACUGAUGUUCAAAGAGAAGAACUUGAAGAUAUUUUGAGAGAUUUAACUCCUGAACGAGUCAAAAUUUCCGAGGGAAUGGUUUAUUGCAUUGAACAUGCCGAUGCCGCUGGUGAAAUUGUGGACUGUAUUGCGGAAUCUUUAGCGAUUUUAGAGACACCAUUGUAUAAAAAAAUCGCGAGACUUUACUUAAUUUCUGAUAUUCUUCAUAACUGUUGUGUAAAAGUUUCCAAUGCAUCUUACUACCGAAAAGGAUUUCAGUCUCGAUUAACCAGCAUCUUCUCAGAUAUUCAUCAAUGUUUCAAUGCAAUAGAGGGUCGACUCAAAGCUGAACAAUUUAAGCAUCGAGUUAUGAAUUGUUUCAAAGCCUGGGAAGAUUGGGCUAUUUACACAAGUGAUUUUCUUAUCAAACUUCAAAAUAUAUUUUUAGGUUUAAAUCUUCGAGAUUGUUCUUCGGAGAGAAAAGCAGUUGAUAGCAAAGAAAUUGAUGGAGAUCCUGUUGAAGAAUCAGACAUCGAUGGUAUUCCUAUUGAUACUAUUGAUGGUACACCUUUUGAAAGUACAAUUAACAUUUCAACCACUAAAUUCAAACCAUCAAAGUGGGAAACAGUAGAUCCUGACUUAGUGGAAUCCCAAGCGAUGACAACAUCAAAAUGGGAAAGUUUGGAAACAAAUCAUGAUGAUGGUACCGGUGGUGGUGUUGGUGGUGGUUCAAGUGGACUUGGCGAUGGCGGUGAUUGUGAUUGUGAUGAUGAUGACGAUGACAUCGACGGUAAACCAAUUGAUGGUUCACCAUUUAUUGGUAUUACUAAUCAAUGUUUACUUAGCAGUGGAUCUAAUGUAAUGGAUUCACUUAAACCUGAGAUUGUUAAUGAAAAUGAUGGAAGGCGAGUUAAGUUACGUGAGAUUGAAUUGAAAGUGUUGAAAUUUCAAGAUGAACUUGAAUCGAGUAGAAAAUCAAAGAAAAAUAGUCAAUCGAUUGAGAGUCAGGUUGAUGAAUACAGAACUAAAUUGCUGCGAAAAUAUUUAAAUGAACAAGAAGAUAGUCAAUCAAGAUCUCGAUCUCGAUCUAAAUCUCGUUCUAAUUCACGUUCUCACUCUCGAUCGCGUUCACGUUCACGAUCUCAUUCACCUAGAAUAAGCCAUUCUCGAAGUCCGUCGAGUCAUCACUCAUAUCACCACGAUCGUCGGCAAUUAAGUUCAAAAAGAUCUAGAUCAAGGUCCCGUUCAAGGUCACCCUACGGAAAGGGAAGACGAGGGUCAUCACGGGAUAAGCGACAUCAUCACUCACGUUCACCCAGAAGACGAUCACGUUCACCCCACCGAUCUAAACGUCGAUAACCACAAACUAAAAUGAUUUUCAUACAGUAAUUUUUUCAUAAACUGAUUCAGAAUUUAAUCUCCGGGUUUAUCUUAAUUGUUUUAUGUAUUGGAAGAUAAUUCAAUGGGUCUAAACGCUUAAAAUGUUAAUUGUAAUAAGUAAAUUCUGUCAAUGGAUUGAAAAUGAAUAUGAAACCACAACAGCCAAUCGAAUGGAUCUGAUCAAUGGAUUGAACAUUUCGACUGCGAAAUCGUUCAGACGAAACAAUGGAAACUUUUGAUCCCAUUGAUCAUUAAUUUCACUUGAGAAAACAAAAGUUAACGGUUUAAAUAGUCGAUCCAAUUGUAACAAUAAUGUUCGACAAACGAAUAUUGUAUUUAUUAGAAAUAAAGUUCCACCAUUCAUCGUCUCA